GACCAUAAUGCAAUUUCCAAUAUGUCAUCCCCCGGUAGUGAAAAAUGUUUUGGAGCAAAUUAAUUUCAGAGUGACAAAUGGAAUCCAACAGCAAAUUAUUGUUAACAAAUCUCCAAACAUGCGUGAACCAUCUGGCUGCUAAAAACAGGGAUCCAUACCUUGCUAAAUUAAACGAACUUUCAUCACUUCGUCCGAAUGAUUUGGACGAUUUUCUGCAUGAAAAUGAAGGCGAAGGUUACAAAUUGUUAGCAGACGAAUUAAUCAAAUUGAUUAGCCUUGCCAUUAUCCCAGAAUUCACUUCAAGGGAGCAUUUUAUAUUUGAGGCAUCAGAUUUUAAAGGCUGCAGUGAUCGAACAGAACUAUCAUUAACAUUAUUACAAAUUGUUUUCGAUAAAUUGAAUAAUGGCCAUAACAAAAACAGAAAGAAACUUGUACAAUUAAUUCUUCCAGACUUGAUGAUACUACUGUCAUCAAACUUAGAGAUCAGUUUUUGGAGUCCCGCUAAAGUUGUCAAAAUCACAGAAUUAACUUUAGAGAAAUUAAAAAAUAUUUUUGAGUGUGAAGACGAUAGUUUAAAUAAAUUGUUUUUCCCUGAGGAUUACACAACAGCUUUGUCGUCAGUUUACAGACAAUAUUUAAUGAAGAUCAAAACCAGGCUGAACAAAAGCAACUGGAUGAAAAAUCCAAACAUUCAAAAAUCAUUUGAAUGGAUGCUGAAACAGAUCACGUUUCCACAUUUAAGUGAUUUCAUUGAUCAUGUUCUACCACCUUCGUUAAAUUUCGUAGAUGAUUUCAAUGUUGAAAACAAGUGUUGUGGUGUGCGAUGUUUAGGUCAUGUGAUCAGUAACACUACAAGGGAGGAGUUACGAUGGUAUGGAAGAAGCGACGUUGUCUAUGAUGUUUUACAACAUCAAUUAUUCAAUCACGACGCUAAGCUUAUCCAGAUUCUACACCCAGUUCUUCUGAAUCUGUUACCUGUGUUCGGCAAAUUACCAGACCCUAUCGACAACCACCAUAAAGUUUUCAACAUCAUUUUACGCGAUGUGGAAUUCGAAAACAACAUAAUAAACAGAAGGGCACUGACUCAAAACCUUCCACAAUUUAUUGAUAUUCUUGGCAUAUCAAUCGUGAAUCACAUGAAAAAAUUGUUACAGAUUUUCGAAACUUAUCUAGAAAUUUACGAUGGUCCCGCGGAAACUGCACGGUUAAAUAUCUUGAAAACAAUGCAGCAAUUUAUUCUCGUUGCCUGGCCAAGAAUUCCUCUUUACAGUCUUUACUUGGCAAAGAUUUUAUUAAAAUUUAUGUACGACAUAAGUUGUGAUAAAAGUACAACCCCGGAUAAAGUUAAAGCUGUGUUGAUUUGUGAGGCACGGAAAUGUAUUUUGUAUUUAAAGUUGUGUGAUGAGCAAAAAAUGACAAGUUUUCUGGAAUCAGUUGAAUCGAUUAAAUUAAACAGUGUUAUAAUGAGUGUUGUAUCUGAUAUAAAAUCACACGAUUCCUGUGAGUCUUUGACAUUAGAUGUGGACGAUAUCCGUCAACUCCUAAAUAAAGUCAAACUUUAAAAUAAUUAUGUUAUUGACAAGUGGUGUGUCUAUAUAAGAUCAGUCGAUUCGUUUGAGUCUUUAACAUUAGAUGUGGACAAUGCAUUCAUUGUGUAGGCUAGCUGAUACCAAUGCUGACUGUAAAUCAUAUAUGUAUAUGCAUAUUUUUAAUGUCAUUAUUUUCUGGUUUCUUAAAUUUGCAAAAAACCCAAACCGUUUAAUUUGAAUGUUAAAUGCCACAAACCAGGUCAAAUCCUUAAAGCAGUGAUUCUCAACUAGUGUGCCACGAAAGUUUAAACGGCACACUAAGAAAAUGUAAAAAACCAUGUGAUCCCAAUUGAGUAUUCACUGUUGUCAACUGAUAAGUUCAUAGCUGUGUUUCUCUUUAUUUGGUUUGUGUCAUCUAUGACUUGUCUCUGCCUAUGGUUGUAUGCCGUCUGAAUUAACAUAUGUUUUUAUUUUGCAAAAUUCAAAUAUUUUUUGUAUAUAUUUAGCCAGGUGUGCCACUAUUUUUUCAUGUGUCCAAAGGUGUGCUGUUGCCAAAAAAAAGGUUGAGAACCAUUGCCUUAAAGAGACAAUCAGACAAACCUCAUUUCACUCCAGAUCCUAACACGGAAUUGUUCUGGGAAUUAGGUUUUUUUUGAGAUGCUGACACAAGACUUAUUAAACAUGGGUUAUCAGGCAAUGAUACAUCAAUGUAACAUACACCUACCUGACCCAUCAGCAGAUACAAUGACCCUAUGAUAGUUUUGACCCCAUAAGUGUCAACAAGGUGUUGUAAAUAAAGGGGAGUAAUCGAUAGAAGUUGUUUUGAUUCAAGACGAGUCUUCUGUUCAAUAAGCUGAAGAAACCAUAAAAAUAUCAAAAAGAUUAAAUGAUAAUUCUAGCCUCUGGAGUGCUAACACAAGUUGACUUUAUAAAUCCACAUGAAUAAUUGUAGGAAUCCUUUCAAACAGCUUAACAAUCUAUUAAGAUUUCUAAAUGACUCUAUGAUGAGUUUUGCCCUUACAGUGUUGACAAAUUGUUAAUGGAAGGACAGAUCGUCCAACAAGACAUAUUUAAAAUCUCUUUCCAGAAUAACAAUUAUUCAUAUUUAUUACAAAUUUUACAAUCAUACAUGUACAAUAACAUUCAUGUCAAUUCUGAAAUAAGUUGUUUCUUUGGUGGUGGAAUUUUUCCUCCCCAAUUCUUUUCCAAUAAAUUUUUUGUUUCUUCAA